AUGUCAGACCCACAGCCCCCCACGGCUAAGGAUGCCCUCCCCAUAGAAGGGAGCAACCUAGCUCUAUCAAUCCAUGCGCCCAAUGCACCAGCGGAAGACCAUAACAUGAGCUCAACGGCCACCACAGAACCUACCUUCUUACCAUCUGAGGAAGACCAGGCCAUCCUGGCCCACAUCGCCCUCGCAGAAAGAAACUGUUCUGUCAUCAAACAUGACGGCCCCAACAACACCACUGUGCUCCCCCAAUUCACCCCAGUACCAAUCGGAGGAUUUCCACUCAUGCACAUGUCACACUUGGCACAAAUAUUUGACCAUCUAGACAACAAGGUGCUCCUCGCCUGGCUCCAAGUCAAACACCCUAAGCUCAUAAUCCAAGUCUUCGACCACACCAGUAAAGAAGUCCAUGAAUCAGCCGCCGUCCUCACAGAACGCAUUAGAGCAAACAUCUCCGUAAUAUCCAACUUCAUUCAACAAGAAGCCCCUCCCAUCCGUGUCUCCCCACCCCGACCCCAUAGAGGGAAAGACGCCAAGGAAUUCCCAACAUGUUUUCUUGUACACAGCAUAUCUGUCGAGACGAGAGACCUCCUAGUCGCCCAGCGCAUCUGGUCCACAAUGGACAUUACCAUUGAAUCCCACCCCUUUAGCUGCCAACGCCCCCCCAACCUCUUAUUCUCUGUCUCAGGUUUUACCACCUCCGACUGUGAAAUCAUACAGCAAACAGUAAAAGAUGUAUGGUCCUAUGAAGACAAUAGAACCCAGAUAAACGACAUUCUAUCUAUGAGCGAAAUCCCCAAAGAACGAGUACACAUUGCCACCUGGAACCUCAUCAACUCGACCCAAGUUGAGCGCCUCAACUUCAAAAUUGCGGGUGGCCUACCAGUCCCCUGA